AUGGAGGAAGAGUUGCUCUCCGCCGUGCCUUGCUCUUCCCUGGCCGUCGAUUCAGUCAUCCGCGUCGCGACGGCCGGUGGAUUAUAUGGGUUUUGCGCCGGACCUCGUGACGCUCGUAAAAUAGGUUUGAGCGGCGUAUCUCAGGCUUCGCAUGUGGCAAAAUCCAUUGGCAGAUACGGGUUUCAAUGCGGUAUAGUAAGUGGUGUGUUUACUAUGACCCACUGUGGUCUUCAACGAUAUCGUGGCAAGAAUGAUUGGGUGAAUGCUUUGGUCGGAGGAGCUGUGGCUGGAGCAGCUGUUGCUAUUGGGACAAGAAACUGGACCCACGUUGUUGCCACGGCUGGGCUCGUCUCUGCUUUUAGUGUUUUGGCUAAUUGCACCAAGGCUGAUCUCAAACAACUCUAA